CCCAGGUAGUUCAACAGAUAUCUUACAUUGACCACGUGGCUUCUACCACGCUCGUGUGCCCACAGCGCUCAAAGCACUGGAGGUCUCCACCUUUCCCAUCGUGAGUUUAUAGUUUAGUUUCCGCGUACUCAACCGCCGGUCAACAGUCAUUAUCGUGUUAUAACAAUUGUGAUAAGGGAAGUGGAGGGAAUUUUUUAAAAUAACAUUUCACGUGACACCUGUUGGAUAAUUUAACAAAAAACUGGAGGAGCCCGGGAGAUAUCACCUUGUCCUUAUCAGGGGAGGGUGGCGAAGGAGCAUCACAGAGGGACAACAAUGCGGAACUACCCCCUAACAUCACGUGCUGGAUGUACAGCCUCUUCCAUGAAAACAGAUUGUUGUCGAACGGGGGGACAGGUGUCGAUGAUCUCACCGGGUAUUCUGAUGAUCAAAUGGUCGAUGAUACCGCCAAUAAUCAUCGAUCACUGAACCAUAGUUUGUGUAUCAACAGCUGCAAUACACCAAGUACUGAGGAAGUUAACAAGUGUGACAUAGACAAAGUGACUGACAGUAGAACAACUGACGGUCUGGAUCAACUAUUAAAUUUUCAUCGCACAAAUAAUAAUAAUAAUCGAGACAUGGUGGCACAAGACAUGGCCCAGAGCUACAAUCAGCUCUUUCAUGCUGCCCAGGAACCCCAGGAUUUUGUAUCCCUGGAGGAGCUCAGGCCGCAAGUACAUCAUGAACAAAAUAUUGUUAUAUCCAAUGGUACACCUAUUUAUCUCAAUGAACGAGAUAAUGAACACGGACUGAGGACAUAUUUCAAUCUCGCAACGCUCCCAAAUGAAAUCAGAACCCAGAAUGCAUCAAUCGACGGAGACAAAUCCCUAGCACCCACUUCAACGUCCCCAAUCUCUCCACCAACAAAAACUGAACUAAUAGGAGAAACGAAUAAGCAAACCCAUCACCAGGGUGAUAAACCCUCUAACACGUCAAUAAUGCACAUCGGUCAACAGCCAACAGUAUCUAGUCAUCGAAAUCAUCACCAACAGAGACGUCAUCCCAAGCAAUUUGAGAAAAGUGAUUCAGUGAGUGAACACCCCAACGAUUACUCACCGGGUUCCCGAAAAAGAAAGCUCUCCAGUCAGGAUGAGAGUGAUAUCCUGGACGAUACCACAGACGACUCAAAAUCCUCUCGAACCAAUACCGACAGUAAAAAGCAAAACCACAGUGAAAUUGAAAAGCGUCGUCGUGACAAGAUGAACACCUACAUAACCGAGCUAUCAUCAAUGAUCCCAAUGUGUCACGCAAUGUCCCGAAAGCUCGAUAAACUAACUGUCCUCCGUAUGGCUGUCCAACACUUGAAAACUAUUCUCGGAGCAGUUACCUCGUACUCGGAGGGUCAUUACAAGCCGGCCUUUCUGAGUGAUCAAGAAUUAAAGACCCUCAUUCUGCAGGCAGCUGAAGGCUUUGUUUUUGUUGUUGGCUGUGAUCGAGGAAGAAUUUUGUAUGUCUCAGAAUCUGUUUCAAAGACACUCAAUUAUUCUCAGGACGAAUUGUUGGGUCAGAGUUGGUUUGACAUACUACAUCCCAAAGACGUUGCAAAGGUGAAAGAGCAACUGUCAUCCGAGCACAGCCCCCGGGAACGAUUGAUAGACGCUAAGACUAUGCUACCAGUGAAAACAGAUGUCCCCCAGGGUGCUACGAGACUAGGUCCCGGCGCAAGGCGAUCAUUUUUCUGCAGAAUGAAGAGAAAAGCCGAUAGUUCAACCAAUUGCGGAGAGUCUCAAGUUAAAGAGGAGGCUGACACAACGACCGGAGGACACAGGAGAAAGAAACAACAGAAUUCAGAUUGGAAAUACUGUGUGAUACAAUGCACAGGCUACCUCAAGUCCUGGGCACCAGCGAAAAUGGGAGCUGAUCAGGAGCAAGAAGGGGAAGGCCUAGAGGGCGAGAAUUGCAAUCUCUCGUGUCUAGUUGCUGUUGGUAGAGUAACACCGAGUUUACUUGAACUUUCACUAGGUAUGGGAUUACCGAAGCUCAAUACCAUCAUGUUUGUGACUCGCUACGCCAUCGACGGAAAAUUUAUCUUUGUCGAUCAGAUAGCGACGCUUGUUCUGGGAUUUUUACCGCAGGAGCUACUGGGGACUAGUAUGUACGAGUAUUAUCAUCACGAUGAUAUUCCACAUCUCGCUGAAUCGCAUAAGACUGCACUACAAACGACAGACCAUAUAACGACACAGGUGUACAGGUUUAGAGCAAAAACAGCGAGCUUUGUUCGACUACAGUCCGAAUGGUUUGCAUUUAGAAAUCCAUGGACCAAAGAUAUCGAUUACAUCAUUGCCAAGAACUCAGCGAUAUUUUGUGACGCAGGACAAGUGGAAAGCAGUGCAGCCCCACGAUCCGAGGGCUCAAGUGUCCAAGGAAACUACGAUUACUUUGCUCAGAGUAACGGUGGUCUCGAGAGAUUAAUCUCUAGUCAUGUGGAAGUAAGUAAAAUAGGAAGGAGAAUAGCCGAAGAAGUGCUAGAUCAUCAAAGGCGGAAUGAGGACUCCUCAUCAAGCAGUCCAACCCCCACACCUGAUCGUUUCUUGCUCAAUACUGAGGUCUGUCACCCCAUGCUAAGCGAUUUACACCGAUUUACUCGUUAUCCAAACAGAUCUAGUUAUUUUUUUCGUUCACUAAAUAUUUCGCUUCAGAUUACAACGCCCACGACAACGACUGUUACUUCACCAGAAACAAUGCAAGAGGGCGAAUCGGGGGUCAAUAGUGAUAAUAGUAGCAGUAACACAGCGUCGACAUUCAAUCAUAUCAGAAACAAUGUUCCAUUGAACAGUAUUUCCAGUGAACAAGUACCUUGCGAUGGAGAUUUGUUGGAUGUAAUUGGUGCAACAGCAAUGAACGACUCACCAACACCUCUAACUUCAGAUUGCAACGAUGAAGCAGCAAUGGCAGUGAUUAUGAGCCUAUUAGAGGCUGAUGCUGGGUUAGGUGGUCCUGUUGAUUUUUCAGGACUACCCUGGCCCCUUCCCUAAUUUG